UUUAUUGAGGUGGAUGUCAGGUAUAAUUAGCAAUCGAUAUGGAAAACGUUUUCAACCACGUCUCUGACGUCAGAGCCGAUUAACGUUUCUUAUUGGUCCCAAAUUCCCAAAGCCUGGGCUAAUUAUUGGAAGGUUGAUGUUGAUAAAGUAAAGCUCACCCUCCUCUCCACAGCAUGUCCCCUCCUCACUGCCCACUCUUACUGCAUGCUUUCUAAAUUCCCACAACCAGCCUCCAGACUUUGGCCUCUUUUGCCCGGGAGAUGAUGGACAGCAGGAUACUAGAGCACCCUCAUGCCCAGUUUGGAGGUUCUCUUAGUGGGAUGGUGGGCUUUCCCUACCAUUUGAGCCACCACCAUGUAUACGAAUUAGCCGGGCACCAACUCCAGUCUGCGGCCGCAGUUCCCUUUUCCAUAGACGGAUUACUGAACGGUUCCUGCACGGCUUCCGUGGUCAAUUCGAACCCUCUGCUGUCCUCUGGCUGCGGUAUGAAUGGAGAUAACCAGCAAUAUAAACUGACAGAUUCUGGAGAUCCAGACAAGGAUAGCCCUGGUUGUAAGAGGAGAAGAACUCGCACAAAUUUCACUGGAUGGCAACUGGAAGAAUUAGAAAAGGCUUUUAAUGAAAGUCACUAUCCAGACGUGUUCAUGAGAGAAGCACUUGCGCUAAGACUGGACUUGGUAGAGUCUCGGGUGCAGGUUUGGUUCCAAAACCGCAGAGCUAAAUGGAGGAAAAAAGAGAACACAAAGAAGGGCCCAGGCCGACCGGCUCACAACUCCCACCCAACAACAUGCAGUGGAGAACCUAUGGAUCCGGAAGAAAUCGCUCGGAGAGAGCUUGAGAGACUGGAGAAGAAGAAGAGGAAGCAGGAGAGAAAGCUUUUGAAGACACAGAACAAACUAAUCUCGGGAGACCUAUUUCACACCCCCGGUUCGGACAGUGACAGUGGAGUGUCACAAAUUACAGACAAUGAACAACCAUCGAGCGUGGUCCAUUCUGACCAAACAGCCCGAAACCAAACCGAAUCAAGCUGUGACCAAACACGUCAAAAACUCCAGAGCCAAAGAAACUUGGGCCAAGACGCUAACGGAUCAGAGCAGGACUCCUCCGACAGCAGUCACAACUCCAACUUGUGUUCCAACAGCAGAGCUUCCACCCUUCAAAAAUUAAACCCUUUCAGUGUGGAGAGCCUUCUUUCGGACUCAACGCCACGACGAAAACCCACUUUGGAUUUCCCUACUUUACCCUCCCCACGCCCCUUAAUAGGAAAAGGACAUUUCCUGCUUUAUCCCAUCACACAACCGCUUGGCUUCAUUGUACCACAAACAGCUCUAAAGACAGCACCAUGCCCAGAUUCUCUUAACACGGGACAAAAAGGUUUAACAACGGACAACAGUCCCGCACAAACAAAUUUUGCUAAUUCAAAUAUAGGACAAACCAGCAAAAAUAAGUGUUUCAAUAGCAACAACAACAUCAGCAGCAACGGGACAACAAAUAAAGAGCAUGUCAGUUAUCCAGGAAAAAAUCCAAGCUCUCCACAAAGCGCCCAGGUACAAAGUUCUACUCAGUCUUCGGGCUGUUAUAGUGAAGCACAGUCACAACAAACGGAAUCACACAAUGACCAGUCUGAACCUUCGCAAUCAGACAUAAAAGAAAACUUGUCACAAGAUAUUACAGAUUGUUCUGAGACACGAACAAACUGUCUAACAGAAACAAACACAGAUGGAGAAGAUGUUGAUAUGGACUAAUGUCGUGAAAAACACAAAUGAAAAAAAAAUCGCGUAGGUUACGACUUCUCACAUUCCCAAAGCUCAACACAAGAUACAAAUCUUUGACAUAUCAGAAUAUGAAAACCUAUCAUUUCAAAGUUUAUUUGUUGAUAUUCUGAUAUUCAGGUGGAAGAGGAACUAUCUGUGUAAAUCUUGUUUGGUUUAUAAAAAAAUGUUUAUUCAGAUAUUAGCAGCAGGAAAUUCUUGUGUGAACAAACUGUAAAAAAGAGAAGAAAAAACAACAAAAUCCUCAAACAUUGUAAAUUGAGAAAGUAUUAAAUAUUUAUAUAUGUAACAUUUUGAUAAAUAAAGUUAUUGUAAAAGAAACUGAAUGUGUGUGCGCCUAUAAUAAAUAGUUUGGGUAAAUCCUC